AAAUAAAUGGGUUAACCUAGUUUACAUUUUAACUCUCCUAGAACAACUUUCUCUUCUGGCAGGCCACCUGUUUCCAGAUGAUGUUCAUAAGGCCUGUGAAAGUAUUUUUAGAGUUGUGUUAGUCCCAGUUAGUAUCCCUACAGCUGACUUCAGAUUCUAUCACUGAGUUGAAAUAAUGCUUGAAAGUAGUGACAGAAUAUUUAAGUGUAUAAAGUUAUCAUAUAUAUCUUGAUAGUUGGUUGCUUUGUCCUACUGUCUUCUAGCAUUUAUGAACCAGAACAUUUUAAAAGGGGUUUUAGAUUCCAGGACUUAUAGUGAUGAUUACACAGAUGUUGGUGGGACACCUUUUUGACCAGUUCAGAAAUGAGGCACAUCAUUUGAGACUAACUGGACAAAAAAUGUAUUUGAGACUUGUAGAGAAACAGUGUGUCAAAAUGGUCUGCAUAUCUGUCUCCAUGUUCUAUGAAAUGGUUGCAGUAAGAAACCUGAAGUGCAACAGAUUUGUGAGUUUAUGUACAGAUGAGUAAGGAAGUGCCACUUGCCAAAAGUGAGGUAAGCUCUGAAAUGUAUCACCAACAUGCUGUCUGUGCUGGGGGAGACUAUUUGAUCAGAGAAAGGUCAUGGGAUCAGUGCAAAAGUAUACUUGCUUGACCAAGGAAAACUCUUGAGGUGUUCUGGUGGAAAGUAAGAUUUAUUGCAGAAGCAGCAUGAAGCUAAGCUCCCUACAGGAUUACCUUUUCCCAGAUGCUUUCUGAGAAUAACUCUGGACCCAAGGCCUUUAUGUAUGAUUGCCUGGAGUGAAAUCUUGGACGCUGUAAUAAACUGGCAAUUUUAAUUCCAGGGAUGCUGCCACAGAACAUUUCAGAACCAAAGUAAAAAUCUGCACUCAGAGCUGCUAGUUUUGUGUCUGAAGGUUUUGGUGAAGACUGGGAGAGCUCUGCUAGCAGGCUACAGAAAACAGAUCAGAUCUGGAAGAUUUACACCUUUAUGCAACUCCACGGGAGCAACGGUUUCGUAGGUUUGCCAGUCUGGAAUUUGAAGGACAGCUGUACAUGACUCCAUACGACUUCAUCCAGGCUGUUACAAGUGAUGAACCCAAACAUGCUAAAAAGUGGCGAUCCCUUUCAAAGCAGGAACUGAAUCAGAUCCUUAUGGAGACACCACCGGUUUGGAAGGGAUCAUCCAAACUUUUCCGUAAUCUUAAUGAGAAAGGUGUGAUAUCUUACACAGAAUAUUUAUUCCUCUUAUGUAUUUUAACAAAACCACAUGCGGGUUUUCGAAUUGCUUUCAACAUGUUCGAUACUGAUGGCAAUGAAAUGGUGGACAAAAAGGAAUUCUUAGUGCUUCAAGAGAUCUUCAGAAAAAAAAAUGAGAAGAGAGAAAAAAGAGGAGAUGAAGAAAAACGUGCAAUGCUGCGUCUUCAACUUUAUGGAUAUCAUACUCCUACUAACAGUGUUCUUAAAACAGAAGGAGAGGACCUUGUCCCCAGAAGCUAUUGGGAUACUUUGAGACGUAGCACAAGCCAAGCACUCUUUUCAGACCUUGCGGAGCGUGCUGAUGAUAUUUCAAGUUCGCUGUCAGAUACUACACUGCUUGUACACUUUUUUGGCAAGAAAGGAAAAGCUGAACUGAACUUUGAAGAUUUUUAUAGAUUUAUGGAUAACCUGCAAACUGAGGUUCUAGAGAUAGAAUUCCUUUCCUACUCUAAUGGGAUGAACACCAUCAGUGAGGAAGACUUUGCCCAUAUUCUCUUGAGGUACACAAAUGUGGAAAAUACAUCAAGUUACCUGGAAAACAUGCGCUGCAGCAUUCCUGAAGAAAAGGGUAUCACAUUUGAAGAAUUUAGAUCAUUUUUUCAAUUUUUGAACAAUCUAGAAGACUUUACAAUUGCAAUGCAAAUGUAUAAUUUUGCAAGUCGUUCCAUAGGUCAAGAUGAAUUCAAGCGUGCUGUGUACGUAGCUACAGGUGUGAAGCUCUCACCACAUUUGGUGAACACAGUGUUCAAGAUUUUUGAUGUAGACAGAGAUGACCAGUUGAGUUAUAAAGAAUUUAUCGGCAUUAUGAAAGACAGACUCAAUCGAGGGUUUAGGGGCUACAAACCUAUACAGAGGUAUACUACUUUCAAAUCCUGCGUGAGGAAGGAGCUCUAUAGCAGAUAAAUGACGGAGACUCCAAAGUAUGGUUGGAAGGAGUAUUACUCUUGUGUGAUGACUGUAACCAGUGAGCAUCUCAGAGAUCUAUGGAAGCAAUUUCGGAGACGAGAUAUGCUGAGAUAAAGGAAGAAAACAGGAUUAUCUGCACUGGCUAGAAUUAUUUAUUCCCAUGAAUUCUUAAUGAAGAACAAACUAACCCAGGUGAAAGGUGAAUCUUCCAGCUGCAGUAGAAAACACAGGACUUCUUUUCCACUUAGUGUAGUGAUCAUCAACUCUUAAAACCGCUUUUCAGUAUGUAUUUUAUUUAAUUGAUGAACUAACUAUGCCAUGUGAGUGGGAGAACCCUUCUUUUGUAAGAAUACCUUUUGAAUAUUAUUUUUGAUUAUUUUGAGAUAAAUUUAUCAUUUAAAAGGAAACGAAAAUAAGUCUUAGACCUGGGCAGGAAGAUGUUUGGCAGUGAAGAGAAACUGCCUGCAUGAGCUUAGACUGUGAAUUUACUUUCAGAGGAGCACUGUUACAAGUUUGUGCUAAACUGAAAAUGAGACUACAUUAAGUAGCAGAACAAUUACAUAUGAGUUGAAUGGACAAAUUAAACUCUUAGAGGCUAUUAUUUUACCAAGAGUAAAGCUGUUACAGUUAUAAUGUGAAUGAUAGGUAUUUACCUAGGAAAAGUACUGUAUGAACUAUAAUGUUCAGAUUCUCUAAGUCUUAUUAUUAUGUUUAUGCAUUUAUCCUUUAAAAAAUAGUACAGAUUUUAAGAUGUCUUACAAGCACUGUGUCAAAGAAAAGUCAAAAUGUUAAAAUUCAUGUAACACACACUUUGUAGUAUUUAUUAUAAAUUUUAUUGCCAUACACUGGUAUGUUUCUGAUAGAGUACAAAUUCAUGUGUUUCUUGUGAAUAGUGCACUUUUAUAUGAAGUGGCACUGAGUAGAAAUUAUAGCUGUCUGAUUUGCUACUCUGGAAUGCUAUAUCUGAAAACUAGAUAAAUAGCUUGUGUUUGUGUCAAACAAAAAAACAAAACAAAACAUGAAUGCAUGCACAGUACAGAACAACACUAAGUAAUAUUAUCUGAAUAAUACUUGUUUGCUAUUCAGCAACAGCAUUUUUCCUUACUCCCUAUUAACAUUAUUGUGAGGUAGUAGGAAUUAAAUCCACACAAAAAAGAACACAUAUUUUUUAUAACCUUUUUGAAAAGGUUUACUGGACAUUGGAUAAAUCUGUGUCUGUUUAGGAAAAGACUGUGCCUUGAAAUAAUUCCAGCUGAAUACACACACACACUUCAAAUAAUGUCAAUAAAUUAUCAUCAGAAGCAGAAAUAUUUGGUAGUCAGACAAUCAAAAAAGAACUAAAACAAUGUUUUUAAAUAUUUUACUACUACAAAUCAUGAAAGAAAACUCUUCGAAAUUUUAUUCAGUGCACACGUUGCUCAAUUGCCAUCCUAUAUGUCAUGUGAAUAGAUGUAUGGCAUCUGUGUAACAGUACACCUAAGUUUAGAAAUGCUUAAUUUAUAGUAAGAUAUAUCUCUGGUAGAAAAAUCAAAACAAAAUUAGAAAGAAGCUUUUUUUAAAGAAAUUCCACACUGGGAAUUGUAGAAAAAAUAUGUGAUAAGUGUGGCUUUUAUCUGAAAAAAAAAAAAAACCCAAAACCCAAGCCAGUUCAGAAAACUAUCAAAGGAUGAUAUUUCAGUUAAUAUUUCACAAUAAAUAAAUUCAAAAUUUCCACCUUGGUGUCCUUAAACUACUGACAGCAAGAAAUAAAUCAGAUAAAUUGAGAUGAAGGUUCUUGAAUUGACACAGCAGAAAAUAUGUGUGAUCAUUUGGGGAAUCAACUGUAUUCAAUGUAUCGUCUCGGUACGCAAAACCGGCUCACUGCUUCUUGUCAGCAUGUGCAAAACCCACUUUGCUACUUCAGUGAUGAAGGACAAAGAGAAGAAAACAUUGGGGGUCACUGAAGGCGUUCCCAUCCUUCCUUUUCAUUCAUGACUGCGCACUCAGAGUGAUCCUCAGAGGAAGCAGCAAUACCAUCAUCAUUUUGAUCCUCCACUGCCCCAGGCAAUAAUGCACUUUGCUUUUAUGGCUGGCUUGAGGCAAUUUUAGCAUUUUUCUAUAUAUUUCCUAUCUAUGGUUACUUAAUAUAAAAUAGAAUGUGAAAGUGUCAGAUUAGUUUUUAAGACUAUUUUUUCUUCAUGUUUAAUAAUAUUAUUUAAUAUAAAUAUGAAGAUAUACAUAUAAUAUUCUUGUUUAUUUCAAAAUAAAUGCACUCUAAACUAA